ACGCUAUCACGCUAUCGCUGCAUAAUAUCCGCCAAUCAUUUCGUCUAAUUGGUUUUAGUUCCUGACGCUAAAAAUCCACUCCUCUACGGCUUAACUUACCUCAUAUACUUCAGUACUGCAUACCUUAAAUACAUAAUUUAAUGUUUAUUAGACAAUGCAUUUUAUGAGACUCACUUAUAAGUUAUAAAUAUAUAUAUCUCACCCUUGGAUACAUAACAUAACAUAAACUGAAGCAACUCACUCACCAUGACGCGGUUUAGACCAUGCAUAGACCUGCACGCCGGCCAGGUCAAGCAGAUCGUGGGCGGAACCCUCGAUAGCACCACCGCCGAGCUCAAGACCAAUUUCGUCUCCCAGCACUCCGCAGGGCACUUCGCCCGCCUGUACCGAGACAACAGCCUCGAGGGGGCCCAUGUCAUCAUGUUAGGUUCCGGGAACGACGACGCCGCGAGCGAGGCGUUGGCGGCGUGGCCGGGCCAUCUACAGGUCGGAGGCGGUAUUAAUGACCAGAACGCUGCGGCGUGGAUGGAACGAGGUGCUAGCAAGGUCAUCAUCACAUCCUUCCUCUUCCCCGGAGGCAAAUUCAGCCAGGAGCGUCUAGACGCCGUGCUCGCUGCCCUCGGCGGCCAAAAAGACAAGCUCGUAAUCGACCUUAGCUGCAGAAAGCAAGAUGACGAGAAAUGGUUUGUGGCCAUGAACAAAUGGCAGACUAUCACCGAUAUGGAGGUGAACCAAGAGUCUAUUAAAUCUCUGGAGCCGUACUGCUCCGAGUUCCUCAUCCACGCCGCCGAUAAUGAGGGUCUCCAGAAGGGGAUCGAUGAGAAACUCGUCGAGAAGCUGGCAGAGUGGUGCACUAUACCGGUGACGUAUGCUGGUGGUGGGAGAAAUCUUGAUGACCUGGAACUGGUUAAGAAAUUGAGCCACGGGAAAGUAGAUCUUACGAUUGGAAGUGCCUUAGACUGCUUUGGCGGCACGGGGGUUAAAUUCGACGAUUGCGUUGCGUGGAAUGCUAAACAAGGGGAAUAACGCAGACAAUUUAAGAAUCUCUCCAUAAACCUCAUAUAGGUGAAAUAAGAGAAUCUCUUACUUUGCGAAGAAAGAUAAAAACUCUACAAGUAUCGGUCUCUCACCUACUCUCUCGAUUUGAAAUUCAGUUGAUAAGGUAUAAACAACAAGUGCGGCUUAUUAAAA